AUGGCGCCUACUAUCACCUCAGCCCUCACCAUUGUUCUCACCACUGUUCCUAUGCUGGGGAAGGACAACUGGGCCAAGUUUGGGAAGGGAUUCAAGGUGUUUUUGCUGGGAGUGGACGCACUUUGGGUUAUGGGGAAAGGGCCAAAAGCAGAUGAGUCUGACCAAGUUGCUCUGGACAGAAUGCUCCUCCCCUACCUCUACACCAAGAUAGAGGAGCAGUACCAGCCCCUCCUGGAUGAUUUCGAGUCUGCCACUGCUGCCUGGGCAGCCCUCAAGGCCCACUUCGAAAAAUCGAGCAUGAGCACCAGGAUGGCUGCCAGGGCCGAGCUGCACUCUAUUUCCCAUGACCCCAUCAAGGAAAUCAACGUCUACAUUCGAGCUGUAGGGGAUGCAGUGAAGAAACUGGCUGCCAUGGGUGUUUCCAUCGAUUCCACCAUCCACAAAGAUGUCCUGCUUAUGAAUCUUCACCCAGCCUUCCACACAGUCCGCACCAUUCUCCUUGCACGCUCUCCUGAGCCCAAACUCAAAGACUGCAUCACCCAGCUUGCCAGCUCAAGCUCAGACCCUGGAGUGCAAAAGAACCCUCCCUCGAGUGCUUGUACAGCACGCGAAUCCACCAUUUCGUACCGAUUCCCAUCAUCGUCUGGGAGUCCAUCCCCUCCCCCCAUCGUACCAUCGUUGCCCGAUCUGGCGCAUCAAAAUGAACCUGGGCCCUCCAACCCCUACCUCGCCCUCCCGCCUCCUGAAGACGAGAUCCCCAACCUUGGCGAGUUACCCUCCGAACAACCACCCUCGCCCCCACCUACCACACCCGUUCCUACCAUGUCAGGACAUCACCGCAUCACCCUCGCCGCCAAUCCCCCCUACUUUGAUGGCGACAAGUCCAAGUACUUGGGCUUUGUGGACACGUGCACCACCUACAUCGUGUUGAUAAAAUGGCUGAACCAGGAAUUGAACCUGGGACCUCUGACUUGGAUCGUCCAGUGCUCUAACCACUGA